UACAUGAUUUAUUUUAAAAUAACUUCCUUAAGUUUUUAAUAAUUCUGAAACAACAUCCUGACUUUUACUAUUGUUAUUAUUCACCACGAAUUUCAAAAAUAGAGCUCUGGCCUGAAAACGUCAAGAAAGUGCAACCCUUCGUUUGCUUUCGGAAACUAAAAAAAGAAAGAAAGAUGAUCGUAAAAAUAAACAAUGGUUUCUCCUCUUUCCUAUCUCUACCAUUGGAACCAAAAGUUCUUUAACCAAGAAACUUUGAUAAAUAAGACAUAACAACUCGUAGAUGACAAGAAAGAAACAACUGAUCCUUUGUUUUUGUAUUCUCGUUGAGCCGUGUCUGGAGACUAAAAGAAGAAGAAGAUAUUGAAAAAUGGCGUUUACAGGAACGUUGGAUAAAUGCAAGGCAUGUGACAAAACCGUCUACGUGAUGGAUUUGUUGACUUUAGAGGGGAACACUUAUCACAAAUCAUGCUUCAGAUGCAGCCAUUGCAAUGGCACUCUCGUGAUAAGUAACUACUCAUCCAUGGAUGGAGUUCUUUACUGCAAGACUCACUUCGAACAGCUUUUCAAAGAAUCUGGAAACUUCAGCAAGAAUUUUCAGACAGGAAAGACAGAGAAGUCUAAUGAUCAUAUGACUCGAGCUCCGAGCAAGUUAUCUUCGUUCUUCAGUGGAACACAAGACAAAUGUGCGACUUGUCACAAAACCGUUUAUCCACUUGAGAAAGUAAACAUGGAAGGAGAGUGUUACCACAAGACUUGCUUCAAGUGUGCACACAGUGGCUGUCCUUUGACUCACUCUUCUUACGCCUCUCUCAACGGUGUACUCUACUGUAAAGUCCAUUUCAACCAGCUCUUUCUCGAGAAAGGAAGUUACAAUAAUGUUCAUCAAGCUGCAGCUAAGCACCGUCGAUCCGCUUCUUCUGGUGCCUCUUCUCCGCCUUCUGAAGAACAGAAACCUGAAGAUAAUGCCUCGAUUCCCGAGGGAGAAGGAGGAGGAGAAGAAGAAGCAGCUCCUGAAGCUGCAGGUGGAGAAGAGACUGAGCCUGUGGCUGAGUCUUGAAUGUGGUGGAGGUACUAUCUUUAUCAGUUCUCAAGUUUGAAGUUUUAUAUGCUUUUAUGUAUGUAUACAAUAUUUAUUUUUUUGUAAAUU